UGCAGUUGGUAAUUCCGGCCGGUAAAAUGUCAGGGGAGAGCUACAUAUAAAAGCGCAAUUUUCGGCAACCAGCAGUCAAAAUUGUUUCGUUAUCUAUUAGCACACACAUCCCCUUUCCAACAAUGAAGUUCGUGAUCGUUCUUGCCUGCCUUUUGGCCGUGGCCUUCGCCAACGAGGAGGCUGAUGUUCUGAAGAGCGACUCCGAGGUUAACGUGCUGGACUUUAACUACGCCUAUGAACUGUCCAACCAUAUUCGCGCCGUGCAAGCUGGAGCCCUGAAGGAGCACGACAACUGGGUGGUUUCCGGGGAGUACGAGUACGUGGCCCCCAACGGCAAGACCGUCAAGGUGGUCUACACCGCCGAUGAGACCGGCUACCACCCAAAGGUCGUCGAGGCCUAAUAAAUAGGACCCACUCCCGAAGACCGAAAUAAAAAAUUAAAUCCAUUGCAGCAGCCUA